AUGGCCAGAUCCAUCAAAGCCAAGAAAAUUACACCCCAAUUCAUAGACCUUUUUGAGAUUUUAGAGCUAAUUGGACCUGUUGCAUACAAGACUACGUUGUCGCCACAUCUUUCUAGCUUACACGACAUGGUCCAUGUGUCCCAAUUAAAGAAGUAUCAUCCAAAUCUGUCUCAUUUUAUUAAACCCGAAGAGGUCAAGUUGCGAAAUAAUUUGACCUAUCCAGCGGAACCAGAGCGUAUUUUGGAUGUUAAGGACAAACAAUUAAGAAACAAGACCAUCUGCCUGGUUAAGGUCUUUUGGAAGGGCAUGAGUCCCAAUGAUACUACUUGGGAGACUGAGGAGCGGAUGCGUUAUGAGUGA